CUCACCGGAUUUUAAUGAUCGUUAUUGUUCAGAUUUAAAAUGAGUUAACUAGACAUUAUAGGUUACGCGUUUCAUAAACUUAAGAUUCAAUUUAUAAGAAUGCACGUUUCUUGGUAAUCAUUUCACGAAGUGUGUGACCUCUUUUUGCUCCUAGUGUAAUAUUUACACUAUAGCUCAGGGACGUAAUUUAGGGAUGGCUGAUCAGAGUGGUUCAGGCGAUAAAGACGAAAAGUCCCUUGUGGAAAUAGAAUUUCAAGACAUAUUACGCCACAUAGGAGGUAAGGAGAGGAUUUACCUGGUGAGUGAUGCCUUCGAAGCAGAAAACGAAAACCCAGUCGGUGUUCUGGAGGAUUUUUUAAACAAUAUGUUCAGCGCUGACGAUUCAAACAGUGUUAAUCCUACACCUAACAACAGUAACGGACGAAUAAAUUUUGCUGAAAUAAACGAAACUCGAUGUACAGUCGAAAACGUGGCAACAUGUGAGAUUGACACACACCUCAAGACCACACAUUCCGAUCAGGAGAACUACAUGUACCCCUGUAUGGGGCCGAAGGAUUUGGGAUUAAAUCAAUUCAAGGGACAGAAUACCGAGGAAUGUCGGCGAAUUAAAGGGGAACAUCAUCAAACAAGGGAAACCACCCAAAGGAUAAAAAGAAUCAUAGACUCUCCUAUAAUAAUAUUUAUUUUCAGGCAGCAGUUCUUAAAUUGCAGAGGAAACAAAAUCUGCUUGAAGGAAAUUCUGAAGGACGUGAGAGAGCGCACCAAACCAUCCGGUGUUCUACCGGCUUUGGUCGGACUGGUUUACUCGAGAGCCGAGAUUGGAGAGACGCGAGAAUCCACCGGGCUUUUGGAGUGCAUGAUGCGGUCCGUCUUCAUAAAGCAUCCCCCUGAAUCAAUUUGGGUUGGACAUUUUGUUCCGAAAUCGGCUGAAGGAAUUCUGGCCAUAAAGAAGAAUGCAUGUAGAGUCCUAAAAACGUCUCUUUGCACAGGUAAAAGUGUGGACAGAGGGAGCCCCUUAUUACAUCUGCUACAAUGUUUCCCAUGGGCAUACAGGGAAAGGCAGGUGAACCAAGCCAACAGCACCUCAGAAAACAGAUAUCAAGAGGAUGCAGAAGAGGGAAUCCCAUUAAAGACAAGCCUUGUGGCUGGUGGACAGCCUGAUUGCAGAGAAAGUGAACAGAACAACCACACAAACUCGGGGUCCUGAUGGUAACUGCUGCCCUAACUGGACACCUAAAAUAAGAAAUUACAAAUGUAUCUUAUCUUCAGAAAAGCAGAGGAAAGGUUAACUGAAGCAGCCUGUUGCAAUGCACAUCAAUGCAUCUGUCCCUGAAGAAAUAUAUAUGCUGCUCAGCUGUUACAACCACAGCAUUAAAGCAUUUUUCAGUUAUCAGGACUGAAAUGCCUACUAACCAUAAAAAUGCUUUACACAAAAUGUUAAAAAUGAAUUAAACUCCUUAAAAGGAGGAGUCUAAUGAUUUGAGCCGAAUAAAAACCAGCAACAUAGCUCUGUUGGAUUAAUAUCAGUGUAUGGCUGGAGUGGACAAGCAAGCUGUUGAUCUAAUAAGUGUAAAUGUUGCUUUUUCCUAACACUGGAAAUGAUCUCUUUGGAAAGGAUUAAAAGAAACAGGACAGUUGCAAGACUAAUUAAUUUUAUGACUUGAGAGUAACAUGCAUUAUGUUAUAUGUUAAUUAUUUUACAAUAGA